AUGACUCUCGCUGAGGAAUUCCGCACACGCAAUUUCAGCAUUUAUGGACAAUGGUGCGGCGUGCUUUGCAUCUUCCUAUGCUUUGCGCUAGGUGUCGCCAACAUCUUUGCACCUAUUGGUCGUAUUCCAUUCAGUAUAGUGUGUCUAAUUUGCGCCUUCAUCAUCGUCUUCAUUGAAGUGCCCUUCCUCCUUCGGAUAUGUCCCACCUCCUCAAAAUUCGACGACUUCAUCCGCCGCUUCACUAGCAACUACAUGCGCGCCCUCAUCUACAUUGGUAUGAGCGCUGUGCAAUGGGUCAGUCUCGUCACCGGCGCAUCAAGCCUGAUUGCUGCUGCCGUGUUUUUACUGAUUGCCGGUCUUUGCUACUUGCUUGCUGGCGUCAGGAACCAGGAGUUCAUUGGCAGUAAGACUCUCGGUGGACAGGGUAUUGCGCAGAUGAUUGUGUAG